GUACUUUUGUGUUUACACAGUGAGGAGAGUGGACUAGAGUAUAGCUACUCUUUUGCGACAACACAUACGCACGCAUAUACGUUCAUAUCGCUGAGAAUACGGAUAUUGAUCAUCGUAGUUUAAAUCAGGCGAAGCUAUCUAUCAGCUUUGCUAAGUAAGAUGGCAGACAAGGAAAACAUGGCCUCUGUCGGGAAUUCCGGUGUACCCCUCGAGACACCUAGUCAAGAAUGUACCAUCAACACCGGCCCAAUGGAAGUAGAUAGCGAAGUGCCUGAGAAUCAACCCGUAUCUGAUGCAACAGACAAUUCUGAUGUGAAGGAGGGAAGUGCAAGCUUGGCUGCAGCAGAUAAUAAUACUAAGCAAGAAAAUCACAGGGAUACAACAGAGGUACCCUCUAUCAAAAAGGAAAGUGCUGCAGAUGCUACCAUAGUUGAUGAUAGUAGUAGUGAGAAAAAUAGUGCGUCUGAUGUUGUGGGUGCUAAUAAAGAUGGUGGUGAUAAUCAAAAAUCUGACACUCAGACGCGCAGCGCUGAAGGAAAGGAACCGGUGUCAACUGUUGAAUGCAAAACCGAGGAGCAGAGAGAUGAAACUUCCAUGGAUGUUGAUUCCGACGAAGUUGACGAUAGCACGAAGCCGAAUGCGUCACAACCAUCGAACACCAAUGGAGAAAUAAAGAACGAACCACUGCCCCCGCCCACCCCAACAAAUACCAGCACCGGUACAGCCAAGAGUACGCCUGCACCCACACCGACGCCCGCGAAACAAUCGAACGCAUUUAGCGCCAACACACCCAGAACAAGUACUGGCAAUGUUAGUGCAAGCAGGACGAUCAAGUCCGAAAUAGGCUCACACAAGAAGGUGGAGGCCACGAGGAAAGCCUCUGCUGCCACCCCUACGCCGAUGAAGCGCAAGCAGGAGGGGGGCGAGCUGGCGGAAUUCGAAGCACUUCUGAAGCAGUACUACUCGCGAUUCUUCCCUUACAAAGAUUACUAUAAGUGGCUUGCGUAUGGUGACCUAAGCACUGGCAGGUAUCUAGGUCAGCGAGAAUUUUCGUUCACUCUUAAGGACGAUAUAUAUAUUCGUUAUCAAUCCUUUGACAGUAUGAAAGAUCUCAUGCUCGCUGUUCAGAGCCGGAAUCCGUACAAGAUUGAUAUAGGAGCUGUGUACAACGCAAAGCCAAAAGAUCACAAGACAGUGAAGAGUGGUCAUUUCAAGCCAAGCGAGAAGGAACUGGUAUUCGAUAUAGAUAUGACGGACUAUGACGACAUCCGUACGUGCUGUAGUGGUGCAGCGAUUUGCCCCCUGUGUUGGCCAUUCAUGUCGGCAGCCAUUGCCGUCAUGGACGUUGCGCUGGAGGAAGACUUUGGGUUCAAGCACAAGCUGUGGAUAUACUCUGGACGUCGUGGUGUGCAUUGUUGGGUGUGUGACAAGGAGGCUAGGAAUAUGGACAAUGAAGAGAGAGGUGCUGUGACCGAGUAUCUGACCGUCAUCAAGGGUGGUGACAAACAGGCGCAGAAGGUUAAGAUUACGAACCCUCCGCAUCCUAGUCUCAGCAGGGCUUUGAAUGUGCUCAGUAGGUACUUCAAAAAGGUCGCUUUGAAGAACCAGAAGUUGCUGCAAUAUAUUGACACGGCGAAGGCCAUACUAGCUCUAGUUGCCGAUGAGAGCAUCCGUUCUGAACUUCUUGCGGCAUGGAAGGAGGAAGGCAUGUUUGGGUGUGGCUUGGACCAGCCAGAUGAGAACCCGCCAACAGACACUUCGGAUAGUACUUAUCCUGCAUACAGUGGGACCGUGUCUCUGGAAAGAUGGAAGCAACUCGAAGCCAGAAUUGAAUUCGCCAUUGCAAAGAAUCCCAGGAACUAUCAACUCAAAACAUCGCGGGAUGAGAUCAUCCUUCAACAUAUCUACCCAAGACUCGAUGUGAAUGUUAGUAAAGGCAUCAAUCAUUUGCUGAAGUCUCCAUUUUGCGUUCAUCCCAAGACAGGUCGCGUCUGUGUACCCAUCGACGUCAACAAUCUGGACACCUUCAAUCCCUUCAAAGUGCCCACGAUCAGUGAUCUAAUUAGGGAUUUAGAUGAAUGGCACGCCAAUAAUGUGGGGGCUGAAGACCCUAUGGAUGAGGAUGUGGACGAUUUUAUCAAACAGGAGGCAGGUGCUGCAAGCUUUAGCAGUUCAAAUAACAAGGAGGGUCGCGUCCCCACGGACUUCCAGAAGACAUCACUGAUGCGGUAUAUGGUGCCUUUCCAGAGGUUUUUGAAGGGAAUGUCCAAAGAGCUGUCCAAGGAGAGAGAAGCUCGGCAAGUAGCGGAGGCACAGUCCGGUCAGUACUAACGAGUCCUGUAUUAUAUAGAGUAUUGAAUGCAAUAAAUAGAGCUUCUCGCGGAAUUG